UUUCUUUGUCUUUGCAGACGUCGACCAGCGUGAGUCAAAUACGUGCAGGAAGUACAGCAUUCUGAAAAGUCGCAAAUGAUAUCAUAUUUGGAAUAAAGCAUCGGGGAAACGGCUCCUCCUGCUGGGAGACGUUGGGAGUUUGCAAAGUUCGGAGGAGUUUCGAGCGUUCCUCCCCUGCUGGGGAAGGCUCAGCAUUUUUUUUGGGGUGGGGCGUUCAAGGUGUGUCCGGAUUAUUGACACGCCGCCAGCCAAGCAGCGAAGGAAGGAGACGGCGGACGCAAAAGGACUGCUUUCAGAUUGGGGGCCGAAGUGCAAUUUGGUAUUAAUAAAACAAAAAGAAGAUGGCGAACUCCGUCGUUUUCAACGUGUGCCUGGCGCUGACGCUGGCGGCGGUGGAGUCGUGCUUCGUCCCGAGCUUCCUCGCCGUCCCGGUGCCGCAAAGUAUCCCGGCUGGAUACGAGAUCACCAGAAUCAAUGUGGCGAGCUGCAUCGGCGUGUCCACAGACGAGCCUGCCUUCGGGGUUUGGUCCAACGGUUCGGUGACGGCCAGAACCGGCGUGGAAGUGUCGCCCAAAGGCCGAACCUUCUCCGUGUGGGCUCGGCACGGCGACGGGCGACAGAUGCGCAUGGACGUCAACCUGGUCGCCAGCGCCCUCAUGAGCAGAAAGCCCACAGACGUGCUGAAGCGGUACAAAAGACGCUGGAGCCCCCCACCCUUCAACAUCCUGGAGAAUGACCCCGGCCCCUAUCCAAGAGACAUCGAAAGGUUGGUGUCCGACACCGAAGCCGUGCAUCGGGUGUACUACACCCUGACGGGGCCCGGUUACGACAAGCACCCGGAGGGCGUGUUCCGCUUCGACAGCGACUCCGGAAUGCUGACUGUGCUCAAGCCGGUGGAUCGGGAGGAGUACCCGCAGUUCGCCUUAAUAGCCAGGGUGUUCGACAGAGCGACGCGGCAGGAAACCGACGACCCUUUGGGCAUCUUCGUGUACGUCGACGAUCAGAACGACAACGCGCCGCAGUUCCGAGGCCAGAUGCAGUUUUCUGUACCCGAGAAGAGCAAAGAAGGGACAAUUAUGGGCCAAGUGAACGCCACUGACAGAGACCAAGCGGGCACCGACCACGUGAAGAUCCGCUACUCGCUUUUGAGCGAACUGGACCGGUUUGCCAUCAACCCAACGACGGGUUUCAUCGCCACGGCGACCAACACUUUAGAUCGAGAGGUUCAAGACAAGUAUCUGGUGACCGUGCAAAUCAAAGACAUGGACGGCGCGCUCAACGGUUUGUUCACCACGGGCACGGCGACCAUCAGCCUGAGCGACAUCAACGACAACCCGCCGACCUUCACGAAAAACCUGUAUCAAGCCACUGCGAAGGAGAACGAAAUUGACAAACUUAUUCUCCGAAUGCCCGUUGAGGAUAAGGAUUUAAAAGACUCGCCCAACUGGAAAGCCAAAUUCAUCAUCACCAAGGGAAACGAAAAUGGAAACUUCCGGAUGGAGACGGACCCCGAAAAAAACGAGGGUCUGCUCUACGUCUCGAAGCCAUUAAAUUUUGAGAAGUCCCAAAAAAUGAGGCUGGAGGUCAUGGCCCGAAACGAAGUGGAUCUGACCGGCACCACGGCCCAGUGGCAGAUCGUCCCCGUGGACUUGACCGUCGGCGACGUGGACGAAGGCCCCGAAUUCACGGCCCCGACCAUUCGCUUUAAUGUGAAAGAAAACACGCCGAACGGAACGGUGAUCGGAACUUAUAAAGCCAUCGAUCCGGAAACCAAGAGCAGCGACGGGAUCAAGUAUUACAAGAUCACGGACCCCGCCGCGUGGAUCAAUGUGGAUCGGAACACGGGAGAGCUGAGGGUGGCGAACACCAUCGACAGAGAGUCAAACUUUGUCAAGGAUGACGUUUACAACAUCACCGUGAGAGCCGUUGACGCGACCUCCAAGACUGGCACGGGAACCGUCAUAAUCCAGGUGGAAGACGUGAACGACAACGUCCCCGUGAUCGUCCCGCCCGGUCAGAGGGUGGUGUGCGAGAAGGAGGGAGAACGUGGCUCUGUGGUGCUUGUGGCGGAGGACAUGGACGAGGCGCCGUUUAAAGGCCCCUACACUUUUAGUCUGCCAAAUAACGAAGAUGGCAAAUGGUCUGUGACCAGAUUCAAUGACACUGCAGCUACGUUGCAGCAGCUCAAAGACCUCCCCUUGAAGAUGCACAAGGUUCCCGUGGAGGUGAAAGAUCUGCAGGGCAACGGCAAAAUCCAGACAGUGAGCGUCAGGCUCUGCCAGUGCAGGAACGGCGCCUGCCUGACCAAGCCGUGGUCGGCCUCGCUCGGCCCGAUGGGUUGGCUGGCGUUGCUGCUGCCUCUGCUUCUCCUUCUUCUGCUACUCUUGCUGCUUGCCUGUUUCUGCACGACAAAGCCAGACUUGCAGAUCGUGGAAGACACGACUGACAGCGGCGGAAUUCUCAUCAAGUCCAACACGGAGGCCCCGGGGGAAGAAGUGGAUGCCAGCCUCAUCAAGGUCCCCAUUGCCGGUUCUGAAAUCAAGGGCUCGGUGGGGAAUCAGGACUGGCAGAUCAAGGGAUCCACCCUCGGACGCCAAGACGUCGGCGUCUACAAGGGCGGCUUUGGUGCCACGGAAACGGACUUCUUCACUGGACAGUACGACAGCCAGUACGGAACGCAACAGUACAACGGCGGGAUGAACUACGACGCAAACUUUCUCAGCACCUGGCAAACCAACGGACGCUAUUUGCACCAGAAGCUUUCCUAUUUCGGAGCGGAGGAGGACGGGCGGUACGCCGACGACAUCAUCCACCAGUACGGCUUCGAGGGGACGGGCUCGGCGGCCGGCUCGGUCGGGUGCUGUAGCGACGACGCCGGCAAUAACGACAACCUGGACUUCCUAAACACGCUGGGACCCAAGUUCAAAAACCUUGCGGGUGUCUGCAAAAAGACAUGAACAGUGAAGCCGGAGAACAACAGAGUUUUGCCUUUAAUGGUGGUCAGGGUGCGCCCCCCACACCGCGCUACCUGAACACGAAGACAGACAAGUGCGUCGUGUAUUUGUGUCACUUUUGUUGGUACCGUAAUUCCCGGCCCACAGAGCGCACCUGCUUAUAAGCCUCGGUACACGAAAAGAGCUAGCGUUAAGGCGGCGCUAGCGUUAGCGCGGCGCUAGCAUUAAACUCUUUCUGUGUACCGAGGCUUAUAAUUAGGUGCGCUAACGCUAGCGCCGCACUAAAGCUAGUGCGGCACUAACGCUAGCGCCGCACUAACGCUAGCGCCGCACUAACGCUAGCGCCGCAUCACCGCAUAAACCGCAGGGUUGAAAGCGUGUGGAAAAAAGUCACGGCUUGUUGGCCGGAAAUUACGGUAGUUUAUUUUUUUUUUCCCCCUCACAUCUCUGCUGCCAUUUUCUUAGUCCCAAGCACUGAUAACUUUGCUGACACUGUCGUUUGUACAUGUAUAAAAAAAAAACAAAAAACAGCAUUGCGCUUAUUAUUUCUUGGUUUUGCAGGUCGCUCGCAGCUGAUGCGUUGUUGUCUUUGGGUAUUUGUUGUGUGUAAUAAUUUAGUGAGAACUUCAGGUAUUUUGGGUUUUACUAAUUUCACGUGUUCAUAAAGUCAAUGACGGGAUGUGAAAAGUUUGCUUUGUUAUUUACUAAAAUGGUUUCCCACA